GCUUCCGAGCACUACGGUUGGAGAAUCAUGAGCUCCUCAGGAGCGUCGAUAACGGCCCUCGCCGGCCGCGGUUCAUCUGUUUCUUCGGCUAACUCGGAUUAUCGUAUUGUUCUGCCUCCUCUGCCAUCAGGAGCCAUUGUGCGCAACUCUGUGCUGCUGCACGGUGACGUGAGUGCUCGUCCAUACAAGAUAGGCGAUUUCAGGGCCGAGAUGGAACGUCUUGGUGUGAUCGGGCACAUCGAGGCGCUCGGCGCCUAUCAAAUGAAUCAUCUCUGGAUGGUGACCUUCAAGACGGAGGAAGCCAAGCUGCGCCUGGUCACCGCCAAGGAACUGGAGGUAAAGGGCAAGCGUUGCAUCGUUGUGGACCCGGAGAACGCAGACGUCCGCAUGAAACUGCAUUGGCUCCCCUUCCACGCGUCAGACGAAACCGUCAGGAGGGCCCUAGAGCCCUUUGGGAAGGUUCAGGACCUGACGCGUGAAAAAUGGAAGGCGGAAGGAUUCAUCGGCGUCCAGUCGACGACCAGACUGGUGCGGCUAAGCCUAAAGGAGGGCGUCACUUUAGAACGCAUUCCGCACCAGUUGAGGAUUGCUGGUGGCAACGUUCUGGUCGUGAUUCCGGGACGUGAUCCAUUAUGUCUACGCUGCAAAGGUACGGGACACAUUCGACGAGAGUGUCGCGUACCGCGAUGCGACGAAUGCCAUCGCUUUGGACAUGAACGAGACAACUGCGUCCGUACCUACGCUACAGUGACGCAGGAAGUGGUGGCGGAUGGAGAUGGUGUCCUCAACAUGGACGAGGAAGAGGCAGAGGAGGCCGCAAGGGACGUCGAAACUGAGGUUUCCGCCACAGUCGGUGCGAAAGAGGCCCCGGUCGAUGAACUGAAAGAAGUGCACCCUCCACAGUUGCAGCCCGAGGGGGACGCCAUGAAAUUCGACCAUGCGCAAGCGUCGAGCAGCAGCCCUGUCAUAUCGAGCGACGUCCAAAUGUCUAUAUCAAAAGACGUAGAGGCCAUCCAAGCUCUGGAAUCAAAAGACACGAACCAGGUCAGUUUGAGCGACGACAACUCCGACCUUAGCGACGCCAGUGAAACGUGCAUCAUGCGGCCAGGGGAAGCAUCAGCACGCUCUGAGUUCAAGUGGCACAAGAACACCACACGGAAGGAGCGCUUUAACCCGAAGCCGCGCAUCCCGACGGAAGAGCGACGUCGGCCGGCCCUUCCGUAGGUCACUUCUUUUUUGUUUUUCUCUCUGCUCACUACUCAUCUCUGGAAAGUGUCCUCGUCGCAUGACUUUACCAGCACCCCCUUUUCCACAAUAUGCGAGCCCUUAAGUUUGCAACCCUCAAUUGUGUAAGUCUUCUGGCGAGAAGAAGAAAGCAAUGGGUGCUGGACACGAUUCUGCGCGAGCGGGUUGAUGUCGCUUUCUUGCAAGAGACCAAGAUUGCCACAGACGGUCAAGUGGAGGAGUUGACGCGCUUUUUUGAUCGUCACUUCGUCAUCUUCCUGUCGAG